AUGAACCUGGCCCAGGCCACUGUGCUCCUGUGGGUGUUGGGGAGCCUCCAGGCCUUUGAAAUCGUGGAGAAGGAGAACAUUUUUCAGAGGACCCCCUGCCCAGCGUUCCUGAUGUUCGACAAUGCAGCCUACCUGGCUGACAUGAGCUUCGAGCUCCCCUGCCACUGCAAGCCCGAGGAGGUGUCUGCUGUCGUCUGGUACUAUCAGAAGCACCUCGGCAGCGGCCACACCAAAGUGCUGACGGACUUUGAUGGGCGGGUCCUGACGGAGGCAGCCCAGGUGCGCGUGGGCAGCGACAUGCUGGUCCGCUUCAGCAUCCACAUGUUCAGCCUGUUGGUCUUCCGGGCGCAGCCCGAGGACUCAGGCUUGUAUUUCUGCGGCACCCGCAAGGGGGACUACUUUUACGCCUACGACGUGGACAUCCAGAGCAGUGAGAGGAUGGUGGCCACCUUCGAGGACCAGGGCCAGGAGCCCUUCGCAGAUGAGUACCACGGGAGCCUCCGUGUCUUCACCACCUUCUGGGAGUGGACCCCCUGCGACCGCUGCGGGGUGCGCGGGGAGCAGUGGCGCAUUGGCCUGUGUUACCUGCAGAGCCCAGGCCUCUCCCCCCGCUACCGCAAGACACUGCCCGACGUGGUGUCCUGUGGUUCACGGGCUGUGCCCAGGCAGCUCCGGGCCAAGGCCAGAGACCACGUCCCUGAGCUGCUGCUUCGGAGCUGCCUGGUGCCCUGCGAGGAGAAGAAGAAAAUCCAGGAGGGUGUGAUGGCCCUCUUCAGCUACGUGGCCAAAGUGGGCAGCCGGCCCUGGUUGCCCCCGGUGCCCAUUCAGUUCCACCAGCAGAGGCUGGGCCAUGGACUAAUCAUCUCCUGUCCCGGGGCCCGGCCGGAGCAUGCCGUGGCCUGGGACAAGGACCAACAGUACCUCUACCGCACGCAGUACCUAAAGGGCGUCAACAGGUCCAUGAGGGUGUUCAUCGACCACGGCAACCAUCUCCACAUCCGCUUCACCCAGCUGGAAGACCGGGGCAUCUACUAUUGCUGGCGGCAGGGCGUGCGCAUCGCUGGGCUCCGACUGGGCGUGACAUCUCGAGGCCGCUACCCAGUCUCGUUCUCCAACCCCGAGAUUCGGGCUGCCCUGGUGCUCACCCUGAUAGGCUACCUGCUCAUCACAGCAGUCUUCAUCACUAUUCAGCUCUGUCGUUGCUGCUGUUACUUAUUCCGCUGUUAUCCCAACUUCUCCCCCUAG